CAAAUCGCCCUGGGAUACCGCGGUGCGAGGAUCGCUUGCUUCUGCCGGUUUCACGAAUAUACGUACACACAUCAGCAUACGCGGUGCGUGCAUAGGUACAGACGAGAAUUUGAUUAAUAUGAGUUACGACCGUUGCUAUCGACGCGUUAACUCCGGCUGCCUCGUUGUAAAUACUUGGUUAUAUUUGUGAUAAAGUAACGAGUUGCUAUUAAUUCUUAUUUACUUAAGUGGUGGUGUCGAGUGCGCGGAGUGAUCUCUAUCUCUAUCUCUCUCUCUCUUUCACUUAUAUCUUUUUCUCCGCGACUUAUGUAUGCGCUUACACUGUGCUAGGUAUAUUAAAGUGGCUUCCAGGUAUUUGUUGAUUUAUUAAUCCAUCGCCGUGGACCUACGGUUAGUAACGACGACGACGACGACGACGACGACGGUAACGGCACACGGUCAUCUCAAGGGUACAGCGAGCUAGAAGCCUAAACGAAAAAACGAGUGGGUGUUAGCUGGGGGUGGUGCGAGGAUGGCGGACACGAGUCAGCAGGAGCUCUCGGAGCCGCACACUAAUGGGGCAGUAGAUGGUCUUACCGAAGAAGAAAAAAGUAAAAUGCGGCCUGCGGAUAUAGAUGCUGAUAUGCGUGAGAUGGAGAGAAGGAAGAGGGUCGAGAUGAUGAUGAACUCUAGACUCUUCCGAGAAGAAUUGGAGCGAAUUAUUGAAACACAAAUGAAAGAUGGGGGCGCAGGACCUUCUGGACUUCUUCAACAAAUUUCUGAUAUGAUGGGCGCACAGGGUGCUCGCUUUAACUCAAAUGUGUUCAAAAGUUCAAACUGCGUGGUGCCUAUAAAUGACAUUCGAGGAGUCGAGAGCAUGGGAUAUGCUAAAGGUGAAAAACUGCUACGAUGCAAGCUAGCUGCUGUGUUUCGAUUGCUUGAUCUCUACGGAUGGACGCAGGGUGUCGGAGGCCACAUUACGGCACGUCUAAAUCAGGAUCAGGAACACUUUUUGGUCAAUCCUUACGGUCUUCUCUAUCAUGAAGUCACCGCAUCUAGUUUGGUCAAAGUAGAUAUGCAGGGGGCUGUCGUUGAGCAGGGAACGACCAACUUUGGUGUACAUAUUACCGGAUUUCAGUUACAUUCAACAAUACAUGCUGCUAGACCCGACAUCAAAUGCAUCAUCCACAUCACAACUCCGUCCGUUAUAGCUGUUUCAUCUUUGAAGUGCGGACUGUUGCCUCUUGGCCAGGAAAGUAUAGUAAUCGGAGAGGUCAGCACGCACCAAUAUAUCGGUGGCGUCUUUGAGCCUGAGGAAAAGGAAAAGAUAUCAAGAAAUUUAGGUCCAGUGAACAAGAUAAUGUUUUUAACAAAUCGUGGGGCAUUGUGCUGCGGGGAGACUGUGGAGGAAGCAUUUUACAAUGUUUACAAUACAGUUUUGGCUUGUGAAACGCAGCUGAAACUAAUACCAGUUGGUAUCGACAACCUUACCCUUAUUACGGAGGAAUCAAGAAAGGCCAUAUUCGAAGCAUCCAGAAAGGCCCCUGUUCCACAACAUGCCUCUGUUGCCGAACCAUCGCCUCUAGCUGACAAACUCGAAAAACGCUGGCGAAUUGGUGGAACUGAAUUUGAGGCUCUCAUGAGAAUGCUUGACAACGCCGGUUUUCGCACUGGCUACAUUUACAGACAUCCAUUGAUCAAAGGAGAGCCUCCAAGACCACGUAACGAUGUUGAGGUACCUCCCGCAGUAUCUUCCUUAGGCUACCUUCUAGAGGAAGAGGAGCUCUACAAACAGGGGCUGUGGAAGGGAGGUCGGAAAGGAACUGACAGAACGCGCUGGCUUAACUCACCGAAUGUUUAUCAAAAGGUUGAAAUCUUGGAGACCGGCACCCCAGACCCGAAGAAGAUAACUAAGUGGGUGGAUCAAAAUGCUGAGGAGUGGGUGACGGACGGAUCGCCAACACAUAGCAGUACCCCCGUCAAGAUCGAAAGUGCUCUACAAUUUGUACCCAAAAAUACGAAUCCCAAGGAAUUCAAGCAACUUCAACAACAGAUUAAAGACUAUCGUCGAGCAGACAAAAUAUCUGCUGGUCCGCAAUCGCACAUACUUGAAGGAGUAACUUGGGACGAAGCCAAAAAAAUGCAGGAUGCUACCAUCAGUGCGACUGGCGAACAAGUUGUGUUGGUUGGAGCAGCUAGCAAGGGUAUCAUUCAGAGAGGAUUCCAGCAUAAUGCAAUGGUGUACAAAACUCCGUAUGCGAAGAAUCCGUUUGAUGCUGUAACGGACCAAGAACUUGAUCAAUACAAAAAGGACGUGGAGCGCAAACAGAAGGGAGAUCCCUAUGACGAAUCACAAUCAGAAUCUGAGGCUUUGUCGUCUUUCAAUGUAAGCCGUGCCACCCAUGAAUCCAGCACUGCCAAAAGCCCAAUCCAAUCACCUGUCUCUGUAACGUCAGAGACGGAAGAGGAGAGCAGAGAUGAACCACGAGUAUUACGAAUAGAAACGAAGCAAGUACCUGCGCCAAGUCAGCCUGAGGUUGUGCUCAGUGACGAACCAACAGCAGCUGCCGUUGUCGUGGAUUCUCCUUUGGUUCAACAGGCACAAAUUCAGCAAGUAGAGCAACAAUCUCUAUUUAUUACCCAGCAAAAACCUACAGUGGAUGCAACGUCAGAGUUCCUUAACGAGAUGCGACGCUCUGCAGUAAGCGAACCACGAAAUGAUCUCAACAGGCGAGGAGAAAACACAGUGAAUGGCGACCAUUCUGACGCACAUCACAGUACAUUCUCCCAAAGCAGCAAAGAGGGUUCCAUGUCGCAGGAUGUGAGCGUUAGCGAGGAGUCCCCCAAAAAAGAGAAGAAGAAGAAGAAGGGACUGAGGACGCCAUCUUUCCUUAAGAAAAAGAAGGAAAAAAAGAAGUCUGUCGAGGCGUAGGUAGUUAAAUCUGAGACACUGCCAGAACAGAAAUUUAAUUAUAAAUAUAAAGAAAAAUCGUACCCAAGAUCGAAGCUGAAUUAGUAAGAUUCGAAAAAAAAAACCGCAAACCAUCAAAAAGUUAAAUGAACGAAUAAAUAAUGAAUUUUGAACAAACAAAAAAAUUGACGAAUGUCUUAUACCACCUGCAAGCAACCAAGCAACAAUCACAUCAUCUUUCCAGGACUCAAGACUGCCAUCACAAUAUUACGUCGACUUUUAAGAAAAACUAUAUUAUACUAUAUUAUAUUGUUAAUGUUUUUACCUUUUAUUUGUUAUAAGUGUUGCACUCGAUAUUAAUCUAUGGUCAACUUUUUUUUCUGUUUAUCUCACCUUAAUUAGCUAUGCAAUAAUUACACAAUAUACAUAUAACCCUUUAAAUACAAGGAAAACUUACAA